AAUUUGAUGCUGGGACCCUCCUUCUUAGUACACAUCGACUGAUUUGGAGAGAUCAGAAGAAUCAUGAGUGCUGCAUGGCCAUUCUUCUUUCCCAAAUUGUGUUCAUUGAAGAACAGGCAGCUGGAAUUGGGAAGAGUGCCAAAAUAGUGGUUCAUCUUCACCCAGCUCCUCCUAACAAAGAACCUGGCCCAUUCCAGAGUAGUAAGAACUCCUACAUCAAACUCUCCUUCAAAGAACAUGGCCAGAUUGAGUUUUAUAGGCGUUUAUCAGAGGAAAUGACACAGAGAAGAUGGGAGAAUAUGCCAGUUUCCCAGUCAUUACAAGCAAAUAGAGGACCCCAGCCAGGAAGAAUAAGGGCUGUAGGAAUUGUAGGUAUUGAAAGGAAACUGGAAGAAAAAAGGAAAGAAACCGACAAAAACAUUUCUGAGACCAUCAGGUUUAAAUCCUAUUUGCUGAGCAUGGGAAUAGCUAACCCAGUUACCAGGGAAACCUAUGGCUCAGGCACACAGUACCACAUGCAGCUGGCCAAACAGCUGGCUGGAAUAUUGCAGACGCCUUUGGAGGUAAAAACCAAACCUAAAUUGUACUGUUUAGUGAACCGAGCUCGAGGAAUGGAAUUGCUGUCACCAGAAGAUUUAGUGAAUGCAUGCAAGAUGCUGGAAGCGCUGAAAUUACCUCUCAGGUAAAGGAACCUCUGCAGGAAGUUUGCCACCUGCAACCACGAUUCUGCACAGAGUAGAUGGGAAAGCCCAGCCAAGUUCAACACCCUGAGUGGCAAGCCAAAAUACUGCCCUCUUGAAAUUAUAUUAUAUGUAACCAGAAUUCUCCUGGUUUCAGAAAAGGGAUCCCUAACAUCAGAAGAGUUUGCUAAGCUUGUGGGAAUGUCUGUCCUCCUGGCCAAAGAAAGGUUGCUGCUUGCAGAGAAGAUGGGCCAUCUUUGCCGAGAUGACUCAGUAGAAGGCUUACGGUUUUACCCAAAUUUAUUUAUGACACAGAGCUAAGGAUUUUGUAUUUGAAAUACUUUUUGUCCAUACACUUGUGUCAUGUAGAGGUUGCUUGACAUUGCAACUAAGAGA